AUGCGCGGCUUCAGCCUGGUCAAUCUCGCCCUUGCGGCCGCCAGUCUUCUGCCCUUCACGGCGGCUACACCAUUGGUGGCGCGCAACAACCAUGUGGUCAAACGCACCGGUCCCAUUGCUCCCAAGAUUGUCAUCAUCUCCAUGUUCGAACCAGAAGCCGCCGUGUGGUGGGGGCUUGAUGAGUUCGACCUGCUCGCGCAGAACAUCACCAUCCCUGGCCUCUCACCUCUCUUCCCCGAAGCCCAUUGUACGGCCGACGGCGACAUCUGCCAGAUCAUCACGGGCGAGUCCGAGAUCAAUGCCGCGACGACCGUAAGCGCCUUUGUGCUGAGUCCCGAUUUCAACCUGACGAAAAGCUACUUCUUCAUAGCCGGCAUUGCGGGGGUGAAUCCCAAAGUGGCCACCUUGGGAUCGGUCACGUUUGCCAAAUAUGCGGUCCAGGUCGCGUUGCAGUACGAGUUCGAUAUCAGGGACAUCCCCUCCAACUUCACCACCGGUUACAUUCCGCUGGGGUCGGAUUCGCCGGACGACUAUCCUGGAAACAUCUACGGCACCGAAGUGUUCGAAGUCAACGAAGCCCUGCGAGACGUCGCCAUGAGCUUUGCCUCCGCCGCCGCUCUCAAUGACAGCGCAGCAUCGCAGGCCUACCGUGCUUUGUACGCCCAGGAAGCCGCUUACAUCCUUGGCUCGGAGCCCCCGAGCGUGGUCGGCUGCGACGUUGCCACGUCGGAUGUCUACUACUCCGGCACCCACCUGUCCGAGGCGUUUGAGAACACGACGACGAUCUGGACCAACGGAUCGGGUGUCUACUGUAGCACGGCCGAAGAGGACAAUGCCUCCCUGGAAGCCAUUCUGCGCGCCGCCAAGAUGAACCUGACCGACUACUCUCGUGCCAUUGUGAUGAGGACGGCCAGUGACUUCGACCGACCGCCACCGGGGAUCAGCGAGAUCCAGAACCUGCUCUACGUGAACCAAGGCGGGUUUUCUCCCGCAAUCCGCAACAUCUAUCUGGCGGGCAUCAAGGUCGUGACGGGCAUCCUUGAAGGGUGGGAGAGCACGUUCGAAACGGGCAUCGUCCCGAACAACUACGUCGGCGACAUCUUCGCCACGUUGGGAGGCGAGCCGGACUUUGGAAAGCCGUCCGAGUUCAUCACCAAGAGAAGUCUCCGCGCCGAACAGCCGGCGUUCGAGGGGAACCUGAGGAUGAAGAGAGCCAUGGUGAGUGCGAAGAGACGAGCGGAGGAAGCGAGAAUCUUGGGGGUGGAAAUCUAG